AUGUCGGAUCCGAAAGACUUGAAGAUUGCCGUCAUUGGCGCCGGCAUGGGCGGCUUGGGCGCAGCGCUGGCCCUCGCCAAAAAGGGGUUCAAGCACAUCAACGUCUACGAGACGGCCUCGAACCUGGGCUUCGUCGGCGCCGGUAUCCAGAUGCCUCCAAACGUCGUUCGGACACUUGAUCGUCUAGGCUGCUGGCCGGAAAUCGAAAAGGAGGCCACGGACGUCAAGGGUUCAAGUAUUAGACAGGGGUCAACCAACGUCGAGCUCGCUCACGUCGACAUGCCCAACAUCCGCGAGCUCUACGGCUACCCGCACUGCAACGGCCACCGCUCGUCUCUCGCUGGUCGCAUGUACGACGCCUGCAAGAAAGAGUCCGCCAUCACGUUCCACUUCGCAGCCUCGCUGGCGUCCGUCGACGCGUUUGAACCCAAGCCGAAAUUCACAGUGCAACCGCGCGAGGGCGAAGCUUAUUCUGUAGAAUGCGACGUCCUCCUCGCGUGCGACGGCAUCAAAAGUGCCGUCCGCACCGCCCUCCUCGACGCCAUCGGCGCCAAGGGCGAGGAGGAAGACACCGGCCAGGCCGCCUACCGCAUCAUGCUCACCCGCGAGCAAAUGGCCGACGACCCCGAACUCCUCGCCCUCCUCGACUCGGACGACGUCAUCCGCUGGAUCGGCGAGAAGCGCCACAUCAUCGCCUACCCCGUCUCCUCCCACUCCAUCUACAACCUGUCCACCACCCAGCCCGACUCCAACUUCGCCGCCGCGACCAACGCGACCUACACCACAAAGGGCUCCAAGUCCGUCAUGCUCGACGUCUUCCACGACUUCUGCCCCCUCGUCCACCGCAUGCUCAACCUCGUCCCGGACGGCCAGGUCUGCGAGUGGCGCCUGCGCAUGCACAAGCCCCUGCCCGCCUGGGUCCACACCCGCGGCCCCGUCGCCCUCCUCGGCGACGCCUGCCACCCGACCCUGCCGCACCUGAGCCAGGGCGCCGCCAUGGCCAUCGAGGACGGCUCCGUCGUCGCGGAGGUCCUCGCCCGCGCCCCGGACACCUCCCCCGAGACGCUCCGCCGGUGCCUCAAGACGUACGAGCUCUCCCGCCGCGACUGGUGCUCCCAGCUCGUCAACAUGGCCUUCCUGUCCGGCAAGCAGCUCCACCUCGGCGAGGGCAAGGCCAAGGAGGAGCGGGACCGCAUGUUCGCCGAGCACAAGUCCGGCGCCGCCGGCAGCGUGCCGGACAAGUGGGCCUCCCCCGACGUGCAGAAGAUGAUUUACUCCAACGACUGCGUGGCCAACAUCCAGAGAGACUUUGACGAGCUAUACAAGAGCGCGGCGUAG